AUGGAAUUGGAGAAAGAGAAGGAAAUACCUUUUUUGGAUGUCCUAAUAGAAAGAAUGGGUGAACAUUUAGACCAUACAGUAUACCGAAAACCUACACACACCGAUCGGUAUCAACGUAAACUAUCUAACCAUCAUCCAAGUCAAAAACAAGGGGUCAUCAAAACACUAACCGAACGGGCCAAAAGGAUAUGUGCCCCAGACCACCUCGCUGAAGAACAAGAACACUUGGAAGAAACAUUACAGGCCAACGGAUACAAAUGCUCAGAAAUAAGACGUACAAUGAGGCCUCAUACUAAUAAUAAAGAUCCACCUAGUGAGCCCAUAAUUGGAAGAUUCAACACAGUCUCAGAUCUGCCAAAGAUAGGAGAGACCAUCAAACAGCUUCUGGGAUAUACCGCAUCCCAUGCUCUUGAGGUAAAGUACACAUCGGUACCACAAAACGUUCAAUAG